AUGUUAGCUGAUAAGAAAAAACGAAGGAAGACCAAGGAGGAUCCUGUUGAAGGCAAUAUAUGGAAGCCUACCCAGGAAGAAGAAGAAAUAGCUAGAUAUUUACACCGGAAGCUUCCUUCUAUAGAAGGAAAGCUUUCAGGUGUUUAUGUCAAUGUCUUCAACGCCGAAGAGGCGAUUGACUUAUUACUCAACUCUCCAUGGGCCAGAAUAGAGCUCGAUAUAAAAAAACAGAAGCCCCGAGUCUUUCAUAGUAGAGUUUCGGCUAUUUCAUUUAUGCAAAAACUAAUGGACAAGAGGAUGUUCCAAAAGUGA